AUGACUGGUGAUCUGGCUGGCAAAGAUGAAAAAUCUAUAGAGAAAAAGGAUCAAUACACUGACAUAGUGAAUAUAGAGGAUGUAGACUCUGAUGAUGUACCCAUCAGUCAAAGACUGGCUCCAGGAAUAACUAAAAGGUUGAAGAAUAGAAAAGGUCAAGCUGUUGAAUCCUCUAGCACGCCCUUCAAAUCUCUCAGGAAAAGAGCUAGUGUUGGACCUACAAAAAGAUGGAGCAAGGAUAUUGUUUCUACUGCCAGAAAGCAAGCGUCUGGAAAGAAGAUUCCAGCAAAUAUUCCUAAAGUUCCAAUUGACAACAUUUCCUUUCACUAUGUGGAGAAUGUUGAAAAAUGGAAAUUUAUUUAUCAAAGAAGAUUAGCACUAGAAAAGGAACUAGGCAAAGAUGAUUUUGAAUGCAAAGAGGUGAUGAGUCUGAUUAAAGAGGUUAGAUUAAUGAAAACUGUGAUUGGGUUUGGCAAGUGUUAUGAAAUGCUUGUUAUAGAAUUUAUUGUAAACAUCUUUAAGGAAUGUCAUAACAAGAGGAGCAAGGAUUUUAGAAAAGUAAAUGAAGAAGAACAAGCUGAAGUGGAAGUCUCUGACAAUGUUAUCUGCAGAGGGAUUAUUGCUAACCAAGUAAACGAAUGGCCAAGGAAAGGGAAGUUGUAUGCAAGUGCCUUAACUGUAAAGUAUGACGUACUGUAG